CUGGAUGUAUUCCAACCAGCCAUUUAGUGUGCUGCUGUCCAAAGACCCGUUCACCUCAGAAGAACCAUCCGAAGAGCUUCUCUCCUGUCACACUUCAGUUCUGGUGGACACGUCGUCAACAUGAUGUUCAGAGUUGUGCUCGGAGUCAUUGCAGCGAUUGGAUUCUUCACUCUAAGUGAAGCCCUGACGUGUAAUUCGUGUAAGGUGGGCAUUCUAGGCAAAUGCUUAAUGAGUUCUCAAGUGUCCUGCGCUGCCUCCGAGCUCAACUGCUACACUGCAAAAGCAGAGUUCAACGUGACUGGGUUUCUGAGUCUGUCCUCGAGCGGCUGCACAUCCGAUUGCAACAACACCGCUGGAACCGUCCUGGGCGCGGCGUACACGGUGACCAAGACCUGCUGCUCCACAGAUCUCUGUAACGGAGCGAGUGCUGUCCAGCUGUCCGUGGCUGGGGCUCUCAGCGCCGCACUACUGGCCUCCGUCUGGAGCGGGUACAUGUUGUAGACGUAACACCUCCUUGUCUGUACAAUGUUAUGUUCAUAAUAACUCCUUGAAUAGGAAUCAGUCAAGAUACAAUCUAGAGUGCACAGAUGCCAUCAUUUCCCAUGACUUUAACUGCUUUUUAUGGACAUUUACAUACAGUGUAAAACAUAUUUCAAUUUUCAACACUUUUGCUGAUGUUAUUUUUAAUAAAAACCUACAGUUAGAUGCACUCUUGAAUGAGGUGAUGAUAUAUUCGAGGUGUUAUUUCAGUUAUGCUUUCGUUAGUAUUAAUUGCUACCAAAUGUAACCUUAUUGUAAAGUGUUACCAUUAAACAACCUCAACCUUUCAAGAAGGUAUUUUUAUGUAGAUUUAAUUCAGGUUCAUCAUACAUUUUAAUGUAAAGUCAAACAUUUUAUUAGUCUAUAAGAUCAAAUAUUAAAUGAAAUGUUUUCCAUGUAUUUCAUUAGAUAUAUGUGGUUAGAAUGUUUUAGGGAUUAUUUACAUGCACUGUAAAAUCCAAUAGUUUACCUUACUUAGAUAUAAUUAGUUAUCUUUACUUAGUUGCUAUACUUACUAGGUUUUAUUAAGUUACAGCUACUUUCAAGCGAGUAAAACAGUUUACUUACUACUUUGAGUGACGCUUACUUAAAAUAUUCAAGUAGCCACAAAGAAACCAAUGACAUUAAUAAACCAGUGAGAGGCAGCAGUGCACUAAUAUGUUGCUAAUUUGCAAAAUAACAACAGAAGAAGAAGAAAAGCAAUUUUUUUUUGAGGUGGCAAUUGUUAAUCUGCAGUUAUUUUUCACUAGUUACCUUCACUCAUUUCCCAAAGUCAUCUUGAAUGUUGUUUCAGUACAACUAUAUAUUUGAGAGAACAUCACAUAAACUGACUUCAUAAAUUGAUGUUGAUUUCCGUAAAAUGUUGUUGGUGUGUCUUAUUUUAUUUAUUUUUAUUAUUAUUAUUAUUAUUAUUAUUUUUUUUUUUUUUUACUUACCAUUAUAGUGAUUAAUGUUCUGUUUGGUUGGGCACUUGGAACUUUGCUUUUCUUGUUAUAAUUUUUUUCCUAUUGAUGCAGCAAUGCAACAUUAAGUCAUAAUUUUUUAUUUCAAGGGAAGAAAAGUAAUAAGGAGGUUGCUUUUAGAAGAUAACCUUCAAGUUCUGUUAUUUCAAUUAGCUAAAUCUUUCCAAUUCUUUAGCCAAUGUAUUUUUUAUAUGUAUUAAUGAUCUUUUACAAUUUUAUUGGUCUUCAUAAACACCUUGAGAAACUUUAUUGGGUUGAGACAGUCCUUUAAUAUUUGUGAUGAUGUGCUCAAGUCACAAACUCCAACAUUCAGCACGUGAAUCACAACGAUGGUAACAAUUCAAUUUUAUUUAUUUUUAUUAAUUGUGACAAUAACCAUUAUAUCAUUUUAUUUUCUCUUUUUGUUGUGUUACUGCUGACACAAGUCAGUAAAUAAAAUUAGCAAAUAAAAACAACAACAGUAAAACAAAGCAAUUGCAUAAUUUAUUCAUGCCGCAAUGCACUCUGGGAGUCAGUGAGUAGCUAUACUAAGUCAAGUGUAAGCCUAAAGUAAAUGAUUAAGUACCCCCUACAGUUCUUUUUUAGUUACUAG